CAAAGAAUGUCACUAAACCGGAGCUUUCUUUAUCAUGCCUCGUUUUAGCAGUAAAACUGGAAAAAAAAUCAUUUGCCAGCUGUCCAGGGCUAUUAGUUCGUGCUAUAACUUAAAAGAUGUUUCGGGAAAACCCGUAAAUACGAAACGCUUCCUCGUGACCGCUACAACCCGGAGAUUGUAUAAGGUCCUCGGACAUCUCGAUUACAGUCACUUUUCUGUAGAGGUGAGACUUGUUUACAGUGGGGACAUCGUCGGUGUUUCAUCUGGGUCCUCCGGUUUCUACCCUUUUACCCAACGGCAAGAAUUCGAUGCCAGCUGCAAACUGCAAUAAUACCAAAUAAAUAUCAACAUCAUCGUCGCAUUUCUUGGGAUUUCCCAGGGCUAUAUAUAGGUUGUACGUAACUUACACCCUGCCUAACCUUUGUUCAAUCCGACAGCUGAAGAUUGCAGAACAACGCAUUUAAGGACUCGAUCUGAAGCUUGUUCCUGGUCAAUAUAGUGAGGUUCAACUCUCGUCGUGGGCACGCUGUUCUUUCUGUGCAUGUGGCAUUACAAGCUGCCUGUCUUACUGUGAUAUAACCCUAGUUGCUGUCCAUCCUACACCACCAUCGUCCUCAUCAACACACAACAUGGCUGUCGAUCGGAACAAUGAUAUGAGAGAUGAGCUAGUUCGACUAGGUACCUUCAAUCGUUACAAUCGGAAGGUGCCUCAGGGCAUCUGGUUCGUAAAGCUAGCUGCGGCGGGCUUCUACCUCUGCUUGGGCGACAAAGUCAAGUGCGCAUUUUGUGAAGCAGAGAUGGAGCUGGAAACAUUUAAAGGUCGCAAUCCUCUAGCAGUCCACCGUGAACAGUCACCGCACUGUCCUCUGGUUCUUGAUGAGAACACAGACAAUAGAACCGUCCAGAAAGCCGGCCACACCUCAUCUCUUUUGAUGAUCUCUAGUCUUCGUGCCGGUGAUAGCCACGACAGAUGUGAAAGUCAGCAUGUUGGCAGUGGUGUGCCAGAAGACCCAACAGAGUCUUCUACAGGGUCCUUAGUGCGAUCCUUGUCUAGAGGCUCAGCCUCGCUUUCAGAGCCCAGCCAGUUGUCGUCUGGAUCUGCGACAAUGUCCACCGGACAACAAUCAAGACAUUCGUCUACCUCUGACAGGUUCACAGAGUCAGGGGUUAACUCGGGUGAAGGACAAAGUCAGGAAAGGUCGAUGCCUUCCAUCACAGGGGGGCAGAGCUUUACAGCAAACCUGUACCUUCCAGAAGGUGCCACCGUGCCGCAGUCAGCUAGACCAGUUCAGGAGAACUUUGUAGCGACAUCCCUUCCAGCGCACGGCAACCUAACCGACGGAUCCCUCCCAUCCCAAUUAUCUGCUUCCAAUCAAGGAGAGAAGAAGAUUCGAGAUUCCUUUCACAGUCUUCCAAAACUCCUCCAAGACAGGGACAGGAAGCAGACCGGCAGCCGACCGGAGGACAGGGAACAGGUUCACCGCAGGUUGUGACAUACGAACAGUUGGGUAUCUACACCCAGAGACCAAAGAGACCCGACCUGGCUGUCACGACCAGCCGCAUCUCCACCUUCUCAUUAUGGCCACACAAAGACUCGCAUCCACCCGAAGAGAUGGCGGAAGCUGGCUUUUAUUACACAGGUCAUGAUGACCUCGCCAGAUGCUUCUUCUGCAAGGGUGGCCUCAAGACGUGGUCGCCGGAGUUGCGGCCGUGGGUGCAGCAUGCCCAGUGGUUCCCCAAGUGUCCUUUCGUGCUGCAGGCCCAGGGCUCCGAGUAUGUGCAAGCUGUGCAAGCUCUCAAAGACAAGGUCGAUGUGGUGAGCAUAAUUCAUCUGCAUUAUAAACAACAAAAUUUUAGUUUGCAGAGCAAAGAUAGUUGCACGCCGUUGAUUACAGUGAAGUUUCACCCGAAGCUGUUCAAGAGGAAAUUGCUUCGUCGAAACCCAAAGAAGACACAAGUUGACGAUGACUUCAGUCGUGGAAAAGGUACAAGUCAAGUCACUCCAGAUAAAACAUCUGCAGGAGCAAGCAAUGCAGAAAAUGUGAACACAAGGGAGGAUUUUACAGAAAGUCGUCUCAACAGCCAGGAACUAUCCUCGAGAGCAGGAGAGUUGGAGAGACUCGAAGCAGAAAAUCAAGAGCUGACAAGUUCCAGGUUUUGCAAAAUCUGUUUGUCAGAAGAAGCUACCAUCUUGUUUCUGCCCUGCGGCCAUCUUGUGGCCUGUGCCCAGUGUGCCCCGGCCCUGCGCACCUGCGCCAUCUGUCGGCAGAGAGUGAGCGGAACAGUGAGGAUUGAGACAGACUGAGACAGAAAAGUGCAAAUCGGAUGAAUAAACAGCUUUCAUGUGCUUUGUUUUACUCUUUCCUUACUACAUUUAUAUCUGAUCCUGUGAUAAAAGCUCGAGCCCUAAAAUGGUUCUUGUGUCGUAAAAUUAAUGUUAAUACUUUUGGUGUUUUUUCCUUACUUUUUGUGUGACAGUAUUGGCAUCAAGAGAUAAUAAAUAUUUUUUUAAAAGAUAACUGCUGAUCUUGUUCUUGCUCCUCUAAAACUUCGACACGUUUGAUGUCAGUGAAAUCUGUGUCGAUUGGACAAAGUUUUUCAGUUUCAAGAACUAUGUAUAUAUUGCUGUCAAUCUGUUUGUGUUUCUGAAAUUAUUAACAAAUAUUUAAUAAAAUUAGUGUUUGGACAACUAUUUUUCACACACAACUUCCUUCGUCUAGUAGACAACAGCGAUCAUGUUGGUGAUCAAAGUUUUCGUGAUUUUUGGACAAAGUACCAUGGCGACCGAAAGUGUGACUUCAGACAGCAUUAAUUGUUUUCAGGAACAUGUUGACAAACACUUCGUGUGUGGACAUUGUACAACUAUGUCAGGGGAAAAGUUUCAGGGCACCUCGGAUGUUCAAAACUUCGUAGUGUGAAUAGAAUUUAGAAUGUAGACCUGUGGGUGAAGACACAUAGUUUGAUAUACUCCUUAUUGCUUAUUUGUUUGUGGAUUGCUGUCUUUACUUCUUUUUCUGUUAUCCAAGAAAAAAACAAAGAUCCGCUUCUUCAUAGCUGGAGAAAUGGCAUCAUGUAGACAAAUGGCAAAAUCUGUUUUUAAAUGUUAAGUUAAAGAUAAUCUCCUGCCCCUUGCAUCUUGUGGACCUCACUGAGUUCACCUCCUUGUCAAGAAAUGUACUAUGUAAAUUUUAUUAUUAUGUUUUGUUGCACUUUAUAUGCAUUAUAAUUAAUUAUUAUUUUGUAUGCUCUGGGGUCUAACAGGAUGUAUACUCCAUAUUUGCCUUUGUGUUUUACAGGCCAGUUGAAUGAAAUUUAAUAUUUUCCGUCUGAUUGUUUCUGUCAGAUUGUCUUUUGGGCCGGUAAUCUAAAUAAAGCAUUUUCAGGAUUUUCGAA